AUGGCGAUAAAAGCAUUGGAAGGACCGUAUGUUCGCAUGCCUGCACCACCAACCACAGAUGAAGAAAGAAAGAUGGACGAGAAAGAGCAAUGGUUUUUCAUCAAUGGUGUAAAUAACGAUUGGUUAGAUGAAAAAUGUAAAUACCUGGAAGCACGUUUUAAUAAAAAAGUUAUAGGAAUUCUAAAUGCUAGUUAUGGAUUGCCCUCUGACGUUGUGGAAACCCUCCAUCAGAGAAAUUUUGACGUCGAUACCAUGUCG